UUUCUUGAUCGCCAUGGAUAUGCUACAGGUCCUGCCUGCCAAUUUCGGCUAUGUGAUAUUUACAUAUCUCUAUAGCUGGAUCAUGCUGUGUUAUCUGGGAGUAAAAGUUGGGGGUGCAAGAAAGAAGUACGAUGUCAAGUAUCCCACUAUGUACAGUGACAAGGACCAGGUGUUCAAUUGCAUCCAGAGGGCUCACCAAAACACCCUGGAGGUGUACCCACAAUGGCUCGUUUUCCAGACCAUUGCAGCACUUGUCUACCCAACGACAGCAGCAGUGCUCGGGGCCAUUUGGGUAACCAGCAGGUUCUCUUAUGCCUGGGGAUACUACACUGGAGAUCCUUCCAAAAGGAUGAAGGGAGCCUAUGGCUACAUUGGCUAUCUUGGAGUCAUCGGUCUUUCAAUCUCUGUGGCAUUACAAUUGCUUGGAGUCUUUUAAUUGGCCGUUCUAAAGGAUGCAUGGGUAUUCAGCCACACCGGCAUCCAAUGUCAUCAUUCCACUAAAGCUGUAUGGCUGGUUUAAAUACUUACUUUAAACACAGUGAAAUCUGAAUGUAGUUUGUGUGCUGUUAUUAUAUUUUUUUGUACUUCUCAUUUAUAACCAUUAUACAAGACGUUUUAUGAAUGAGUUUUAUUUGGAUAAAAUAUGAAAUGUCAACUGUAAUAAAAGCAAUACAAUACCCAGA